UCAAGUAGAUGAUCAUAACUUGGUCACCAAGUUCCGGGAAUCCAAUCCAUCCAAUAAAUAAUAAAAGCCCCCAAAACCAAUUUUUCCACCAAGGAAAACCCCCUAAUAUAAUUUACUUUAUUGCACCUGAGGAGGUUUCCUGAUUCAUCAUUUUAAAUCUCCAUUCCUUCCAACAUUUCUAUUCCUUCUAUCUUUUUCCUCCAAAAAAGGUUUCUCCAAGUGAAUUUAUUGCUUUCUCAAUGGCGAUAAGGCUACGUUUUGAGAACUCAUCUGAAAUUGGGGUAUUUACAAAACUGACCAAUGCUUACUGCUUGGUAGCAAAUGAAGGCUCUGAAAGUUUCUACAGCGUCUUUGAGUCUGAACUGGCUGAUGUUAUUCCCGUUAUUAAAACUUCAAUCGGCGGUACAAGGAUAAUUGGAAGGCUUUGCGUCGGAAAUAAGAAAGGCCUUCUCUUGCCUCAUACUACUACUGACCAAGAGCUUCAACACUUGAGGAACAGCCUGCCUGAUGCAGUUGUUGUUCAGAGAAUUAAUGAAAAGUUAUCUGCUCUUGGUAAUGUCAUGGCGUGCAAUGAUUAUGUUGGUCUUACACAUACUGAUCUUGACAAGGAAACAGAGGAAAUGAUAGCUGAUGUGCUUGGAGUUGAAGUUUUUCGCCAGACAAUUGCAGGCAAUGUUCUUGUGGGUAGCUACUGUGCUUUUACAAAUAAAGGUGGCCUGGUUCACCCACACACAUCCAUCGAGGACUUGGAUGAGCUUUCAACCCUCCUCCAGGUUCCUUUGGUUGCAGGCACGGUGAACCGUGGCAGUGAAGUAAUAGCUGGUGGGUUAACUGUUAAUGAUUGGACCGCAUUUUGUGGAUCAGACACCACUGCAACCGAGCUCUCAGUGAUCGAGAACAUUUUCAAAUUGAGAGAAGGUCGACCUGAUGCUAUUGCUAAUGAGAUAAGGAAUUCAUUAGUUGACACAUAUGUUUGAAGCAAAACAAACACUUACGAUGUUACUACUUUCUCUGUUUAAAGUUUUUUUGUUGUUGCCUCUUAUGCUCAGUUUUUAUUUUAUUAUGUCCCAACUUAUGUUUUUCAGUAUUAUGUUGUGAUGAGAUGGUGAUCCUGGAAUGAAAAUCACUGUACAUGUUCAACA